UCCCUAAAUCUGCGGGGUCCAAGGAGGGGGAGAGCACAGAGCUGGCAGCCCACGUGUGGCUGCGCUCUCACUGGCUCUGUCCCAGGCUGCAGGAGUGCGGUGGGGACCUUCCCACUCCCUCCGUGGUCCCUUUGGGGCCGGAGGGUCCCGGGCAGGGCACAGGGAGACGGCUCUCACACCCCAGCGGUGACCUUGCCUGGGUUUCUCUCUCUCGCAGAGCUGACACCAUGAACCAGCUGGUCCUUUGCAUGCUGCUCCUCUUGGCCCUCGGGGAGCUGGCUGGGGCAUGUCCUGCGGGCUGCCAGUGCCAAGACCCCAAGACCAUCCUGUGCGCAGCCAGACGGGGCCAGACCGUUCCCCAGGGGCUGCCCCCCAACACCCUCUCCCUAUACGUCUUUGAGAAUGGCAUCACGAUGCUCAGUGAGGACAGCUUUGCCGGCCUGCCCGCCCUCCAGCUCUUGGACCUCUCACAAAACAAGAUCACCAGCAUCCAGAAAAACAUCUUCCAGCCCCUGACGGAGCUCGUCAACUUGGACCUGUCCUCCAACCAGCUGCAGGAGAUCACCAAUGAGACAUUCCAUGGGCUGAGGCUGCUGGAGCGGCUCUACCUGCAGAGGAACAGGAUCCAGCACAUCCACGCUGCUGCCUUUGACACGCUGGAGAACCUGCUGGAGCUGAAGCUGCAGAACAACCAGCUCUGGGCCGUUCCCCCCCUUGACCUGCCCAACCUUCUGCUGCUGGACAUCAGCUGGAACAAGAUCCCCACCAUUGCACCAGGGGCCUUCCACGCUGUCAAUAUCGAGUCCCUGAAGAUCGCGGGGCUGGGCUUGACAAGCUUAAAUGAGGAGCUCUUCCAGGCCCAGAACAACCUCCACGAGCUGGACAUCUCUGACAACCUGCUGGAGCGUGUCCCAGCAGUGCUGCGCCGGCUUGGGAGCCUCACUAAGCUCAGCCUGGCUGGCAACGCCCGCAUCUCCCAGCUGCCAGCCGAGGACUUCCACAACCUUCACAACCUUCAGGAGCUUGACAUCAGCAACCUCAACAUCAACACCAUCCCUCGGGAUUUCUCCGGCUUUUUCCCCAGGCUGCGGGCUGUGACGGCCGCUGGCAACCCCUUCAACUGCAUCUGCCAGAUGAGCUGGCUGGUGCAGUGGGUGAAUGCCAGCAGCGUUGUCCUCCGGCGGCCUGAGGAGACGCGCUGCCACUUCCCCCCAAAAAACUCUGGCAAGCUCCUUCACCACCUGCAGUAUGCCGACUUUGGCUGCCCCACCACCACCACCACCACGCCCCCCACCACACCGCGCACCGCCACGCUGCCACCCGCGCUGCUCCCCACCAGCAGCCGCCCCGUGCUGUGGCCCAGCACUGCCACUCCCACCCCGGCGGCUGGGCCCCCCCAGGGCAGCUCCACGCCGGUGCCCUUCAGCAGCCCACCA